AUGCAGUUGCUCACUUCGGCCCCACAGCAAGCCAUGCAAGACCAAGAUAUUAGGGACAUCGCCGACGAUGUAGAGCUCACGUCCAACGCGCUCGAAAGCGUAGGAAAGCUGUUUGAGUCUGAAGACGCAAAGUCGAUCAUCUCGACGAAAGCUGUCCAGGACGCCCACAACAUAAUCAAAAAGUGCCAGGGCGUUUUCGACGAACUAUCGGAGAUGGCGGAGAAGAGAAGGAAGACAGGAAAGGACGGAAAGAAGACCCUGAGUAUGGUGGGUAAAUUGGCAUGGCCGAUGAAAGAACAGCGGGUUGAACUACAUCGGAAGAGGCUAGAAAGCUUAAAGAACAGUCUUGUACUCUUGUUGCAUGUGUUGCAAUUGGCGCAAGGUCAGUCGCGAGGCAAAAUGGAAAAGAGCGUCAUGGAAGAAGAGCGAGACAAAAUCCGUGAACUUCACCAACGGCAGCAGGACUCAAUUAAAAGCCUACAAGCCCUAGAAAGCAAAUUUUGCGGUGUUGCAAUCGACGACGUAGAGACUCUUCAAGGAUCAAGCAACGCCUCCCGUGUUCCAACACUGGAGCUCAUGGCUAAGGCUCAAACCAUGAAACUGUCACCUCUGGAGAAGGACAUAGAGUCCCAGACAAACACUGUCACUAUCGAUAUCUCUGCUACAGACGAUUCCGAUACCUCCGACAGCGACGCCACAAUGACGGACGAAGACGAUGAGCAUAUAUCCAGAGAGGAACUAUCAAAAGCGGCGAAGCACGUUACAAAACUGCUCAGGCGCAUUAUAGUGCUUCAAAAGAGCCUCGAAAACGACCAGAAACCCCAUCAGAAGCGACGCGUACGCAAAAUAUACCAACGCUUCUGCCGCAAGUUUGAAUCAGGUAUUAAUGUUACUCAAGCCAUGGGUCCAUCAAGGUAUGGGUCUCCGGCCACACGGUCUUCGAACCAAUACAAUCAUGCAUUGGGCUUGGGUGACAUGGGAGGGGGCGCUCUAGAGAACUUUGACUUUGACAGUUUUCUUCAUGUCCGGUCUGAGAGCACGCCGUUUCCAGUAGUGCCUCGACAGCAGCAACCAAUGUCACCGCUUCCACCACGACAACACCUAAAUGAACCGCAACCAGAAGUGGUUCAAUCCCAUUCCAAUCAUAUUGUACCAAACAUGAACUCCGAAGCAGUUUCCUUAUCGAAUGCUGCAAUGAUGCACUUCUUGGUGCGAUCGAAGGACGUCGAACAAGCUUCACUUGCAGCUACGGUUAGUUCACGGCGUCGCAGCGAAUCUGGCAUUAGUAUCCGUGUAGCUCCAGGUGUUAUUAAACCUAAGCUAAGGAAGAGCAAAGAGCAACAUCGCCCUAGUUCUCUAGAGAAUAUCCUGCCUAAGCGUACACCAAGCAAUCUGCUGCUUAAACGUAAAGGUGGCAUACCUGUACAACAGUCCGACACAGCCUUAGACAAGUCUGAAGUACCGAUUAUCGAAAAGCCAAAGCGCAUAAGUGGCUGGGGUCGUCCGGAGUCGCGUCCCAUUGUGUCGGAUGCCGUUCGUCAGAGGAACCCUCACGCCCAGGAGACACCUUCGAUUCCAAACGACACGCGCACCCUAGUGGUACACCCUCCGUCGGAUGAUAAACCGGAGCAAGAAGCCGACCGUCCUCGUGAUAACAAGAUACGACGUACAAGAAGUACUCUAGAUGUCGGUCUCGAGGGUGCAUACAGUACUUCGUUACAGAGGGAGAAGAAGAGAAAACAGAUAUUCGAGAUCGAAGAACCUUUUGAUCCAGGCAAUCGAGACGUCGUUGAUGUGCUGCUUGAGCGCUGGACGGUACCAGAGCAUUGA